GCCUGUAGCUUAAGUGUUGCCUAAGCGCAGAUCUUAUUUCGCUCGCUUCGGGACCUUCACGGAAGUAUACCAUAACUACGCUAGGGGAAUCGCUAUACACACCAGCGACGCAAUGUCUACAAACACAAGCCUCUCAACACCAGCAGGGACGUUCACAACCAUUGAUAAGAACCUUGAAAAACCUACCAUCAGCGCCUCAACUGCGCACCUAGCUCAGAACAGGAACUUGAGGGAGAAAUUACUGUACUGGCUCGUCAAUGUGCCCCCGUCACAGUGGCCGGCGGAAUGUCCUGCGUUUCUGCGCGACUUACCGGCCAAGUCCAUUUCAAUUCUGUCGACUCCAGAUACGGAGUACAAGAGGCAGGAUUGGGAGAUGGUGAAGGAGAUUGUUAGAAGUAACCGGAUAGACCUGUUCCAGCGCGUUCCGAGCGAACUGAGAAGGUAUCUGGAAUUUAAAGCGCACAUUGUGGCCAAGUAUGGAUCGAUCAUGCGAUUCAUGGGACGGCCGUUUGAAUUCGAUGAGGACAUUCGGAUCUUGUACAAUGACUGGCCGUAUGGGGUCGAGGAGGGCAUUGUGCAUCUGGUCGUGUGGACCAAGUUCGAGCUGGAAGAUGAUCCUGCCACGGAUGAUUUGACGCCUCGAGCGAGGAAGGAGAUCGAUGAUUAUGUGAUGAGGACGUUUCGGUCGCGGAUGCCGGCGGAACAGGUCAUCUGGUUCAAGAACUGGAAGUCGCUCAAGUCGGUCCACGCAGUUGAACACUUUCAUGUCAUGCUCUAUCAACCGGACAUGGAAUUCGUCAAGGAGGUUACUCAGGGGGAUGUGCCAAUGAAGGCAAGGUUCUGAGCUGAGGUCUCACAUGGUUGCCUAUAUAAUCAUCCAUAGUACUUUACUGCCUUGACUUGGAUUUGCUUCAUAUAGUUAGGGCCGGGUGGUGUAAGAAGGGUCCUGAGACUAAUUUACCCAGACACUUGGGAGACAGCCC